UGGUAGUGGCUGCAAAACCAGGGGCACCAUGGUGGAGCAAAUAUGGCACUUGAAGCCAUGGGUAAGAGAACCAAUGCCCCUGGGUAUGACUUGUAAACCCUGGUGGAAAGACCACCUGCCUUCCAGGUGUUUCGCAAAGCAUAAGAACAAGCGUUUCCAGUUUCCCACUAGUCUGGACAGCCAGCGUUGGGUAUUUGUGAAGAACGGUAUAGAUGACUUCAGGGAAGGCUGUCCAGAUUCUGAAGAUCUGAUCAUUCGUGGCACUAAGGAAGCCAGUCCCCCUAUGGUCACUCAUGGAGUCUCCCAGCCUGGUGCCAAAAUGAACUGGAGAAGGCAGCCCAAGGACACAACAAACCUGUGCUCUACACUAUCUUCAGCCCAACUAGCACGGCAGACAUUCAUGUAUGAUGUUGAAGCCUACCUGAAUCAGAAGAUUUCCGCCAUUCUCCUCUCGGCUGUGAAAGAAGAUGUCCCUGCAGAUCUCUUGCUAGAGGCACUCAAAGUACUGGACCCGGACCGCAAGGUGGAGGACACAUGGGAUUAUUGUGAGGGCAAGAAAGUAAGACCCAAGAAACCCAGAAAGUUAUCUAAACAAGGUCGUGCAAGAGGCAUGCUUAGCCUCCCAGAGAUUCCUAAGCCACGCCGAUACAGCUUGAUUCAGGGAGAGAAGGUAAGCUCAUUGUAUUUACUCAGCGCCCUUCCUCGUAAUUACAUGCCACAAGGAAUUCGUGACUUCUGCAGAUGGGUUGCCACUUUGGGAAAUUUCGGCAUCAAUGAAAAUUUCCUGCUGAAACAAUUUGACAUUGGCUUUGAGUUCGAACCAACCUAUGAAGAUGUCCGAAUAAAGAAGAUACAUGCGCUUAUCCCUGAGCUCAAACGUUGCAAAGGGCUAAAGCCACUGGAGGAGAUAAUGUUCACCAUAGAGGAACUAGACUUUGAGAGGAAACGCGAGAAACUAAAGAAGCACCCUCCACAAAAGCAUGAAAAGAUCAGGUAUGGAGCAUGGUACCUAAAGCCCAAACUGUGGAGAAAGCUGAUAAAUGAUGAGCCUUUGAUUGACCCCAAGAUCUUAGCGGAAGCUCAACGUGAACCUCCUCCUGACAUUAUUGAAGACCUUUAUGGAACAAUUGCCUUUAAGGACUUCAUCGUAAAGUACGGCUACAGUAUGCCAGGAAUCCUUGAACAAUUGUUCAAGAGGAAGGGGUGGAGUUAUGACAAGUUUGUGACCCCUAUACCAAAAGCAGUGGCAGCUUAUCACAAAGCACUAGCUUUGUUAUUAAAAGAUGAUGAAUAGGCAGUUUUUCAUUCGCUAUAUACCUAUGUCUUGCUCUCAUUUUCAACAAUCAGAAUAUAAGAAUAUGGUACCAGUUUGGAUGUACAACUGAGACAGGCAGCCUAUUACUUCAACAUUUAACAGUCAUCAAUAUUUCUCAAUGAACUUCUGCUUUGAAUUCAUUAGUACUUCAGAUAUCAACUGAGAUCAAUAGUCACAUAACCUCUUCUUACAUUUCUGCAGCAUUGACAAUGCUAUCAUUAUAUCAAUUAUUUGUAAGACUACAUAAAACCAUACAAUGCAGAAUUACUCUU